AUGGCGACCCAGACGAACGGUCGGGCGAAGAAGCCUAAGAAAUCCUCACCCAGCAGCACCGCCAAUGGCAGCAUCAACGCCUAUGUCAACGGAGACGGCCACAUGAACGGCCAGCCAGACAAGGCGCAGCUCUCGCGCCCAGCUGCACGCACAAGAGCCACAAAAAGAUCAAAUCGAACAUGGACGGGAGCCUUUACUAGCGUGGUCGCAAGACUGACGACCUGGUAUCUGAUCAUAACCUUCCUCUUCCGCUGCCCCGCAUCCCUCACCCAGCUCAACGAUGAUUCUCCACGCCUAUGUAGGCCCUAUAUCCAGGCCCGCUCGUACGCUGCCCCCUAUCUUGACCCAUACUAUUAUGCCUACGUGGCCCCUCAAGUCGACAAGGUCAAGCCGUACACCGACCGCUUUGAACAGCACAUCUACACCCCCGUCUCGACCUUCACAAAGGACAAGUAUGCAGUCUACGGUGCGCAUAGGGUAGAGCUUGCGAAGAAGUAUGCAGAGGCUCAAUAUGACAAGUCCAUUCGGCCCCAGGUACAAGCUGGUCAAGACAAGGCCCAGGCCUUAUAUCAUAUGUACCUUGGACACCAUGUCCAAAAGGCUGCAGACGCUGCCGCCCCCUACUAUGACCAGACAAAGGCCAGCCUAGGCGAGAUCUACCAACUCACCAUUCUCCCUGCAUACAAGACUUCUCUUCCGUACAUGCGCAAGGCUCACUCCGUCGGCCAUCACUUUCUUGUCGACACCGUCUUUCCCCAUGUCAACGUAGCCAAGGACGCCAUCUGGUCUUUCAUCACUCGCACUGUCUGGCCUCGGUUGCGUGUACUCUACGGAGACAACGUCGAGCCUCAGCUGGUCCGCAUCUCCGAGCGCCUGGGGCGGUACCGCGAUCAGCAAAAGAUUGAAUCUGUUGUUCAGGCCGUUGAUGCAUCCUCGUCUAUCGCAGCCGAAUCAGUCAAGACAAAUCCAACCAUCGUAAGCUCCUCCGCUUCCACUGUUUCCUCCAGCUCGAGCUCCAAGGCUGGCUGGGGCGUCCUCGACGACUUUUUCGGCAGUGAAUCGUCCACUACUGCAUCCAACGGUGCAGCCGCCUCAAAGACAGCGAGCGCUGUCCAAGUCGCUAAGCCAAAGCUCAGUGAAGAAGAAUUGAGGAAGAAACUGAAUGAAGACUUGCGUCAGUGGCAGACCAAGUUCGCUACAGCUGCCGACAAAGGUGCCGAAGAUUUAGAGCAGCGCGUUGCAGACAUCACAACACGUCAAGUGGAGAAUUCCGUCAAAGGACAUGGCCGAGCAUUGGUUGUCAAGUUGGAGGAAACUGCCGACACUACCAUUGCGAGACUCAAGAGCUACAUCAAGAAGACUGUCAAGUCACUUUCCGACGAUGCGUCCGAACAGGAUCUAGAAGCCGCCUAUGAAGAUUGUAGCGCAAAAACUCGCGAGUUCGGCCUGACUGUCAAGGAGCGCGCCCAGGAUGUUCGUGCCUGGAAAGCCGCGUACGAUUUGGAGACUGAUAGCCUUGUUCAGGCGGCUGUCCGGAGCACCGUCGAGGUGCUUGACAAAAUCCACGGUCUUGGCCUUCAGGAAGUUGGUAUGCGAUGGGCAUGGACUGACGGUGUCACUUACAAGGACUGGCAAAACUACCACAAGCUCAGAAAUACCCUUACAGAGUGGCAAUCCGAGGUGGAGGCUGUAGGCGCUCGACACGAAGGACUUCGAAUUGCACACGAAGAAGCCAAGAAGCUCGAAGACGAAGCCAUGGCCAUUGCCGCAAAUAUGGUCUCUGAACUGGUCCGUUUGAAGGAUGUCUCGAGGUGGAAGAUCUGGGCUGGUGACUCUAGCGACGACUUUACCAACCAAAAGGUCCCCGUUCGCGUCCACAAAGCUGCUCAACAAGUCCUCGAGAAUGUAGAGGGUGCUUCGUCCCAGAUUUCUGAGGCUGUCCUCGGAAGCUCAACACCACUUAGCGAGAGCAUCGCCUCCUCUGUCGAGGAUUCCUACUCGUCAGCUUCAUCCCAGGCUUCUGAACUUGCGCAGGGUAGCUCGACUCCUCUUUCAGAAGGCGGCGCCUCCUCUGUCAGCAGCGUCGUCUCCGACGCGUCUUCUCAAGCCUCUGUCGUCAUUCAAGGCACCCCUUCAUCGGAGAGUGUGCUUUCCCAGGCAUCAUCUAAAGCAUCCGAGGUUGCCUCUGAGGGUGCUUCUAAGGCCUCUGCCGCGUACGAAUCGCCCAAGAAGGUCUUUGGCGGAGUCAACGCUCAAGCUAUUCCGGAGGUCAAACAGGUUGUCUUUGACGAACCUCUCGAUGAUGGGGAGGAUACCAAUUACUCUGACAAGGUCCAAGCUGUCCUAGCUGACGCUGGAGAACGGGCGGCAGAGUUGAGUCGUGCAGUCAGCGAGGCCUUGUUGGGCGCCACGAAGACUCAAGGAAGCGUCGAGUCUGUAUCAUCGCUUGCUAACGAACAGUAUGCUAGCGCUCUCGCUGCAGCCUCCAGUGUGCUCUAUGGAACCAAGCAACCGGCUGUUGAGAGCGCUACCAGCGUAGCCUCUGACAAAUUUGCCCAAGCUGUCACCGCUGCAUCGUACGCCAUUUACGGCACCCCGACACCCACGGCCGUUUUCCAGACUGUUCAGAUUCAAGCAAGCUCCCGCUACAACGACGCUGUGCGCGUCGCUAGUGAGCAACUGGAAAACGCAAAAUCGCAGCUGUCCAUUCUCGUAUCUGACACACCGAAGCCGGUGCACGAGACAAUGCUUUCAUACUUGGAGCAAGCUUACUCUGAUUCUGUCGCGGCCGCCAAUGAACGCCUAUCGGCUGCUUUGCAGUACACCGACUCCGUCAAGAACUAUGCUGCUGGACCUACUCAGGGAUACUUUGAAUCAGUCUCGUCCAUCGCAUCCUCGAGACUCGCUGAAGGUCUGAGUCAAGCAUCCGCCCAAUUCUCAUCGCAGCCCACUGGCGUCGUUGAUGGCGCUCAGCAACAAUAUUACCAAGCUAUUGGCCUUGCACAUGCUCGUUAUUCGGAGUUCGUAGAAGCUGCUUCUAGCGCUGUUUACGGGCCUCAACAGGGAACCAUGGAGUCUCUAGCUUCUGUAGCUUCAGUAUCUGCUGCCUCUGCUGCCUCUUAUGUUUCUGACUCCGCCGAGUCUAUCGCUGCAGAUGCUCAGGCUGCUGCUGCAUCGCUCGCAUCAAAAGCCAGUUCUAGCGUCAUUGGCACAGAAACUCCCUGGACUGAGUCAAUUGCAUCUCAAGCUAGCCAAAACUGGGAAGCUCUCAUUGCUCAGGCCAGCAGUCAGGUGUACGGAAAGCCUACCCCAUGGGCACAGUCUGUCUACUCUCAGGCUGAGUCAUAUGGUUCGCAAGCAACCGCUGCCGCUGCACAACAGUAUGCAGAGGUUCAGGCGUUGAUCUCUGAGUUAGUUAUCGGCAAGGAACCUGACUUCACCGAAAGCGUCAUGAACCGCUUUGCGUCCGCCUACUCAACAGGUCUGCCUGCCGCUAUUGCAUCUGCCCGGUCAUAUGCUAGUGAGGGCUUUGAAGCUGCGUCAGAUUAUGCCAGCGACACUUUUGAGGCAGCCACUGGUGUCGCUGCCGAUGCCUACGCAUCUGCUUCUUCAGUUGUCGGUAUCAUCUUUACUCCUCCUGCUAUCAUCGAAGAUGUCCUCAGCUCUGCGAGCGCGUCACUCGAUCUUGCUGUCGAGAGUGCAUCCAUCGCUCUGUAUGGAACACCAAAGGGUGCCGCUGAACAGGCCAGCGAGUCUGUCGCAAGCGCAUAUUCCUCCAUCCAGUCUCAGAUUAGCGAAAAGGUCUAUGGCACCCAGCAAGCUCAGGAUAGCUUCUCUUCUGCAGCUGCCAGCGCCCAAGCUGCCAUCAGCGCAGCAAUCUUUGGUACUCCUACUGCCGCCGACUACGUUGCAUCUGCUACCAGCGGUGCAGGCGGUGUUUACAGUUCCAUAUCGUCUGUUGCAAGUGAACAUGCAGAGUACGCUGCAUCGGUUGCAAGCGGAAACGCGGCCUCUCUUGCCUCGGCGGCAAGCUCUGCCGUCUAUGGUCCGGAGCAGGGAGCCAUGGAGAGCGCUAACAGUAGAAUCCAGGCCGCAGUUGCAGUUGCCAAUUCCAAGAUUGCAGAAAUGUACAGUGCUGCAUCUUUGAAUGCGGAGGAUGUCGCCAGUAGUGUUGCGAGUGCGGCGACGGCGGCGACGGCCAGGGUCAAGGAUGAGUUGUAG